CAGACGGUCAAAUAAAAAUGAGAGCAAGUGCAAUUUUUCGAAGAAUCGAAAAAGUGUAUAAUAACAUCGUUAUGAGUUCUACUAAACUUGUAUCGAAAGUUCAAGAUUUUGCCUGCUCCUAUCAAAGUAAUGAGAAUUACAAAGGAGAAAAAUUGAUCUAUCCCGCUGCCAACAGAAACAAAGAACCUAUCCUGCAAGUUCUGAAAAGAUUCAUAUUGUCUGAUAUUGAUAACUUAGAAGAUGAGAGUCCAUUAUUUUUGGAGAUAGCAUCAGGCUCUGGGCAACAUUUGGCUCAUUUUGCGCCUAACUUCCCUGGUGUUAAGUUUCAACCAACAGAAGUGGACGAAAACUUAUUUGGAAGCAUUGCCUAUUAUGCAAAUGAAUGCCCUACAAAAAACAUACUCCAGCCUGUGUUGGUAGAUGUUUGUAAUAAAUUCUCUUGCUAUGGUUUCAAUGAGAAUAGCAUUGACUACAUGUACAAUGCUAAUAUGAUCCACAUAAGUCCAUAUGAAUGUACUAUUGGUUUAUUUGAAAAUGCUGGCAUCUAUUUGAAGAAUGAUGCUCUGAUGAUCACCUACGGGCCUUAUAGCAAAGAUGGAGUUAUAACACCUCAAAGUAAUAUUGAUUUUGAUGCCUCAUUGAGAGCUAGAGACCCCUCAUGGGGUAUACGUGAUAUUACAGCAUUAAUCAAAUUAGCUGAAGAAAAUAGUUUAUCCCUAAUUGACACUAUUGAAAUGCCUUCUAAUAAUAAGACCUUGAUUUGGAAAAAGAAUUAAGUAUGAUGCACAAUAGUAUUGAAAAUGUAUUCAAGGAGUAUUUUGAAGUAUUAGAAUCCUAUUUCAAACACCCAGACAAUUGUAUACUAAAUUCUUAGAAAAUAUGUAAAAAAAAUAUGCAUAUUGAAAUUCUAUACAAAGUUGACAAAUAGUUUUAGAAUCAAUGAUUUAUGUUGAUUUAGUUUUGUUUAUAUGCACUCUACAUUAUAGAUUAAUUAAUUAGAUUAGAUUUCAUCAAUUUCCAGUAUUAUAAAUCAGUAUUGUAAUCUCAGUAUAUCUGUAUUGUAUUAAUUCGCAAAUAAUUUAUGUUUGUGUCUAGUUGUUUUUUUAUUAAAUAUUUAAGGAUUUAGAUGUAUACCAAUACCAUGACAUAAAAUUGUAAGUAAAAAGUACUGUAUAGAAAAUUGUGAUACCUACCUACAGGUUUGGCGCCGCAACAUUUAUCUGAUUAGCUUUAGAAACACAUUAGUCCUAGAUAAAAAAAUAAUUGAUUAGGAUUAUUUAUCAGGACUAUUCUGUAGCAAACAUACAAUUUUAAGUAGUAAAAUAAUAAGCCCAUGACUUAACAUUUGAUGCGGCGCCUAGCAACACUGCCUAAGUAUUCUUUAUAAAAGCUUAUUAAAUGCUAUUGCAAUUA